GAUGCUUUUGUGCGCGGUUGAAAUCCGGCAAACAUGUUGCUGAUGAUUAUCUCUGACGCAGGGCGGCCGUUGGCUGUGGGGAGGAGCGUUGUUCCCCCGGCCCGCCCGCCCGCUCCGAUGCUGCGGCCCCCCGGCCCCACCGCCCUGGCCGAAGCCCUGCGGCGGGGAGACCUACAGCAGUGCGCUCGCUGUCUGCAGCACGACCCGAGCCUGCUGCACGCCAGGGGUUGGAAUGGUUUCACACCGCUCCACCAUGCUGCAUUAUGUGGCCACAAGGAAUUGGCAUAUCUGCUGCUGGAACAUGGAGCAGAUACUAACCUCCCAAAUGAUGCAGGAGAGACACCCUUUCACUUUGCCUGCAGACGUGGGGAGGUCUACAUAAUGGACCGGAUGGUGAAAGGAGGUGCAGAUGUCAUGGCACUGGAUCAUCAAGGGAAGACUGCACUUCACCAGGCUGUGUCUGGGGGCAGCAUAGUCGCCAUCCGUUACCUGGAGGAGAUGGGUCCCUUCAAUUUCCGUGACUCAGACAGGUUUUUGCAAAACCCUCUGCACAUCGCAACAUCGAUCGGCAAUGAGGACGUUGUUAAGUAUUUGCUGAGAGGCAUGAGGUGCAGUGUGGAAGCGAUUGACACUUGGGGCAUGACUCCCUUGCAUGUGGCAGCUCACACAGGAUCAGUGAACAUCUGUUGGCUGCUGAUGAUGGAUGCUGGGAUCUCCACCAUGCAGUUCCAAAAUAAAGAUGGACUUACCCCAUUGGAUCUGGCAAAGCGAGGGAAAUCACACAGACACCAGGAAGUAGUGAAGCUUUUGACAGAAUAUAGUAAGGACAUACAGAAUGGGAAACCCAGAAAGCCAACUGGUCUGUACUACAGCAGUCUGCUUUGCCCAGCCAUUCUGAGUUCAAUCAUAUUUCUUAUUGCCAGCCACCUUGGGGAAUACGGAGGUGUUUUCAGUGCAAUUGCUUUCGCUGUUCUCGCCAGGAUAGUGUUUUUCCAGUACCACCGAAUCUCUCAUUACUCUGGGUUACCCAACCCCGUGUACCUUGGCACCUUUGCUGCAGGGAUCUUCCAUUCUCUGUACUGCUUCUACUGCAAGAUCCUGCCAGCUCUCUGGCCAGCGAAGAUGCUGCUGUGUUUCAUGACACUGUUGACUACCCUUUUGUUAUGGAUGUUCAAGAACCUGCUAACUGAAGACCCUGGGAAUCUGCAGGAAUCUGGCUGUACAACCAAGCAUUUAACCAUUGCUCAGCUGAUUGGAACAAAUCAGAAUCCAUCCAGAUUCUGCGUUUAUUGUGAGAUUGUUCAGCCAGAAGGAACAAAGCAUUGUAGACUCUGCAACAGCUGCAUGGAGAACUUUGAUCACCACUGUCUCUUCCUAAUGAAAUGCAUUGCAAAAAAAAAUCAGAGACUCUUCAUUCUGUUCCUCCUGGAGAUCCUUGCCUCUCAUUUGACCUUCAUAACAUCAGCUCUGUAUUCCUUUCACCUUCAAUACAGCCUGAACUUUGAGGUGUUCCUGAAGGCCUUCAGUGGUCAACCUUGGGUGAUGGGAUUGACAGUGAUGAACAUUGCCACAGUCUUGUGGGAGCUUGUCGUGCUGAAGAGUCAGCUAACAGCCAUCUCCAUGAACUCCACAACUACGUGCAGGGAUAGGGUGGACGGCAAGGACUUUACAUGGAGGCACCUUUUGAGAAACAUUACAGUCUUCCUCAUCUUUGGAAAAAAGCUCCAAAGCAGUGGCAGAAACCUCUCAUCCCAGUUUUAAAUGGCUGAACUGAGAAAUGUUAGAAAUCCUAGCGUUUUAAGUUACAAGGAGGGGUAGAAGCAUCAAGGGUGGAGACCAAGACUGGAUGAUACAAGUGGUGGUGCUGGCUGAGAGAGGCUGGUGAAUCACAGCUGAUCUGUCUGGGCAAGGAGUAAAAGAGAGAGGAAGCAGAAGAAAGAAGGGAAAGGCAGCAAAAAUUUGCUGGAACAGUCUUGUGCCUCCUUUUGACAUAGAAGGAGGCCAUUUAGCCCAUUGAGUCUAUGUCGGCUCUCAGAGCAAUCCCAUCAACCCCACUCCUUUAUACCCUUUUACAUCACACACAUGCCACCCCUGCCCCUGGAUGCUCUUACAACCCACCUACCCUAGGGACAAUUUACAGCAGCCAACUAACCUGCCAAAUUAACACUGCAAAUGUUGAGGAUCUGAAGUAAAAUGCGCACUUCAGGUUGGUCUCCUGUGCUCUUAUGGGAAGAUGUAGAGGGGGAGAGUCACUGUUUCAGGUUGAUGACCUUUCGUCAGAACUGGCCGUUUGUGAAACAAACUGUAAAGGCUGGUUAUCUGAAAUUGUUGAAUUCACUGCAAAGUCCUGGGGGCUGAAGAUAAGAGGCUGUUCCUUGGGUUACAUUGGGCUAAAGGCAGAGGUAAGAGUGGGAAAGGGUUGGAGAACUAAAGCAACACCAGCUAGAAGCUUGGGAUUACUCCUGCAGACUGAAGGCAGGGCUUCUACAGAGCUGUCUCUUGAGCAGUGUUUAGCUUCUACAAUGUAGAGGAGACCACACUGUGUGCACUGAAAGCAGUAAACUAGAUUGGAAUAGGUACAACUGAAUGGCUGCCUCACCUGAAGGGAGCACCUGGGUUCCUGAGGAGGGAAGAGGUCAAAGGCCAGGUGUUGCAUCUCCUCUGCUUUUCUGGGAAGGUGCUGUGGGAAGGGGGAUGAGUGUUGGGGAUGGAAGAGUGAACCAGAGCAUCAUGGAGGAAAUAGUCCAGAAUUCUGAAAGGGAAGGGAGUAAACAGGUCUUUUCAAGCUGGAAAGAUACAAAUAGAGGAGUUGGGGGUCAGUUCUUGCCCUCAGUUAUUUAGUAUCUACGUCAGAGGAGGCAGUAUGUAAGUAAGUUUGCUGACUACACAAAAAUAGUGGGAGGGCAUGGGAUAUUGGGACCUGCAACAAGAUGUACAUAGGUUGAGUGAAUGGGUAGAAGCUUGGGGAAUGGAAUUUAAUGCAGGAAAGUGUGAAGCCAGGUGGUGUGAGGAACCAAAAAGCAGACUAUUAUCCAACUGGAAAGAGGCUGCAAAUGAGGGAAGUUCAGAGGGAUCCAGGUGUUCUUGAGCUUGAAACACGAGUUAAAAUGCAGCGGUGUGAAGUAAUUGGGAGAGCGAAUGGCAUAUUCACCUUUAUUGCAGGUUUUUUUAAUGGAGAACCACUGUUACACUUGUACAGGCUGUUGGAAGGUCCACACCAGGAGAACUGCGCAGGUUUGCUCCCCUUAUUUAAGGAAGGAUAUACUAGCGUUAGAGACAGUCCAGAGGAGAUUCUCCAGGUUAGUUCCUGGGAUGAGAGGGUUGUCCUAUAAUGAACAGCUAAAACAUGUUGGACCUACAUUCACUAGAGUUUAGAAGAAUGAGAGGUGAUCUUCCUGAGACAUGCAAAGUCCCAAGGGAGCAUGACAAGGUAGAUGUUGAGAUUUUUCCACUAGUGGGAAAACCUCAAAGGAGACCCAGUUAUAAAAUAAGGAGCCAGACAUUUAAAAUUGAGAAGUGUUGGAAUUUCUUCUCUCAGAGUAGUGAAUCUCUUGAAUUCUCUCUCCUGGAGAGCUGUGGAGACUCAAUCACUAAAGGUAUCUAAAGAAGUUGUAAAUAAUUUUUUGAAAGAUUGGGGAACGGAGGGCUGUGGGAAGCAGGUACAGUGGAGGAGUUGAGGUCUGGGGCAGAUCAGCCAUGAUCACAUUGAAAGGAAGGGCAGGCUAGAGGGGCCAAGUGGCCUACUCCUGUUUUCUUACAUGAACAGCAGUAGGAAGGGAAGAUUGGUCUGAUAGCAUCACAUAGAAAGUGGUGGGAGUUGGGAAUGAUUUGUUGAAUUCAGAGGCAAAUGGGGUCAAAGGUGAGGGAGAAGAAGCACUCGUUCUGGUAGGUGGAGUUGGGGCAAGAUCCAAAGUGCAGAAAGAGGUUUAGCUGAAAGUUCUGUAAACUGAGAGAGAUAAUGAAGAUAUUGAGAAGCACUAGUGUGUCGAUGAAGAUAUGAUGGAGCUGGAGAAACCAGGAGAGGUGGGAUGGAGUCCUUUCAAGAGGCCAAAAGACAUACAAAGUCAAGAGAGCAUUGGCAAACUGGGUCCGUCAUGGCUAUCGAUCACUAACCUACCCCAGAGCUGGAGAUGAAGGUGAGGAGGGGAAGAGGCAGAGAUGGAUCAUGAGAGAGGGUGGAAGAUUGCAACAAAGGUGAUGAAACUUUCAAGUUCUCCAUGAUAGUAGGAAGCUCUGCCAAUACAGUCAUCAAUGUCCUUUGACAAGAGGUGAGGGAGCGGUGGCGUAGGAUGGAGACAAGGACUGAUCCAAGUCCCAUCACUGAGCUAGGUGUAGCUUGGAUCCGUAUGGAUUCUCAUCACUAUUGAUUUUAGGAAGUGACUGGAGUUAACAGAAAGUUGUUCAGCCAGGUGAAGGCAGGGUGGGAAUGGAGGGGGCUGCUUGGGCUUCUAUUUGUAGAUGAAGCAAUGGGUCCUUGGUUCAUUCUGGUGUACGGUAGAGGUGUACAGCUAUUGGAGGUCCACAGUGAAAGUGAGCUAGGUGGGACCAGGAAAUUGGGAACUUUCAGCAAAGGGUGUCAGAAGUACCUCAGGUGUAAGUGAGAAGAUGCUGGAGGAAAGGAUGGAGAAUAGAGUCAAACAGCGAUGAGUUAACUGGGGAGGAGAUGGACGUGGGCAGUGCAGGGAUUGGGAGUUAUGAGGCUGUCAACUGUGAAGGAAAGAUCUAGGGAAAUUGGGUCAGUGACAGUUUAGAAGCCGAUGGCCUGAUCUUAACAGCAGCGCAUGCAGAAAUGUCAGAUCUGAUAAUCUGCCUCUGCUAAGUAGAAGUCAGUGUGCCUGAUGUGGAGCUCUUGUGUUACAACUAAAGAUGAGCAUGUUUUGUAAAGCAAAUCCAGAGAGUUCAGCAAGGGUGUAAGAAUGGGAAAUCCAGCAUGUAGAUGGUGAUGGAAGGGAUCUAUUAGAGGGGUGUGUACUGACACUGCAAACAGGAACUCUCCUGAUCCGAGUAGUAAACGUGUGGUCUGUGGAUAGAUGCCGUCCACAUUCAUUAAGAGCAUAGCACAUCCACACCCAUCGUAGCACGUGGUGAGGUCAGACACCCUGUGGAGAAAGUUUUCUAAUGUUCUUUCUCAUAGUUAUUUAAUAUAAAAUGUUGUAUAAACCGUCCACAAUAUUCUGCUUCAUGGUCUGUUGUCCUGAAUCUGAUUUGCUUUUCCUGUGUCGCACCUUGAUCAUUAUGUUGCUCACAGACUGAGAUCAUGACACCAACCCCAAUUAAUGGCAGCCAUGGCCAAACCAAGCUUCACCAGUGGAGUUAACACCAUGCAUUAUUCCCACAAAUGCAGCCACGGUUGGAGCUGGAAGAACGUGCCGCCUGUGCUGUCGUCGAUGCACUCCCAGGCCUGGCCCAUUUCACCAGCACCUGUUCCAAGUUUUCACUCAGGUCAUCUGCAUUGCUGACUCUGUCUCGCAGCCACAACCCUGGAGAGAUGGUGUAGGGACUGGGAAUGGUCCAAGGGCCUAUCUGUCAGAACUGCUGUUCUUCCAUUUGAAAGGUGCUGCUGGCUGGUCAGAUAUCAGUCGAGUGUUACGUGAUUCCUGAUGUAUAAUUUGUCAUUCGGAUUGGGUCGGUUUGUUCCAAUUCACUGUGCAGUGUCCCAUCACCACAAAGUAUUAUUGCCAGGUGGGGGCU